GAAAUAAUUCGCGACGAAACACAGAUUGAGAUGGGUAUUAAAAAUUUAGAAGGGGCACAAUCGAUUGAUUUGGAAAGAAAUCGAGGAGAAAUGUUAACCCAAAUAGGCAAAUUAGAAAACCAGAAUGAAACACAUGAAUUUAAAGAGGCCUUAGAACUAUACGUCAAGCCAAGGGGGACAUGGAAUGUGCCAACUAUCAAAAUUAUCAAGGCAUCAGAUGGUAAAAAGGAAGAGAAAAUGGAUUAUGAAGCAAGAAAAGGUGAUGAAGUAAGAGGUGAUGAAGUAAGAGACGGUGAUGAAAUAAGAGAAGGUGAUGUGGAAGAAGUAGUUAAUCGUUUUUUGACCUCAAAAGAAAGGCUCACUUCACAUGAUAAAGAGAUUCUGGAGGAUGCCGCUAAUGAAUUUUUGAUUAAACCAGAAAACAAAUCACUAAUUAAAACAGUUAAUGGUUUUUUUGAGCCGGAGAAUCAAUUAACUCUGGAGGAGAUAAAUGUCUUGAACGGAGCAGUUUAUCAAUUUUUCACUUUAAAGGAUAAGAACACUGUAAAGAUUCUGGAGAUGGGGUUAAAUGAAUUUUUGGGGACACCAAAAGAAAAAGUAUUAAAAAAUAUAAUCUGUAAUUUGCCUGAAAGCUUAUUUGUCUUCGAAAGCAAACUAUCCUUAAAGAAUAAACUAUACUUAGUUUUAGUGCAUAUAACAACUGAUGUGGAUGUGGAAGGUUUAAAAGAA